UUACAUUGUCAAUUACAAACACGUGCGUGAAUUUGUCGAUUUUGAGUGAUUUAAACCGUAAAAAUGAAGAAAAAAGUAUCGAAAGACAAUUCCACGAGCCCACACAAAAAGAUAAAGCUCGAAGAUGCCGAAAAAACUAAUGCAGUGAAGAAAGAUGUUAAAUUUAAGGUUGAAAAGGGUUCUAAAUUCGAAAAAAACGGCAACAAAAACGACCCGACGUCCCUUAAGGACGUGAAAGCAAAAAAGUUUCAAAAUAAAGUGAAAAUGAACGCUACCAAUGGAAUGCUAGAGAAACCCGAAGAUUGGAACAAAUUUAAGAAGGAAAAAAAGGAAUUAAAAUUGAAGAGAAAACAAACCAGAGGUAAUUUUGACGUUGUAACGCGCGCGAAGAGCAUCGGGGAAAAAUUAAGACAAAAAACUUUGAAAGGGGGAGAGGAAGAGCGUAACAAACUAAUAAACGAACUUCAUAGUUUACUGAAGGGCAAAGGAGAGUAUGCUAAGUUUGUGUUGGCCCAUGACACCGCCAGAAUAGUGCAAUGGCUGUUGAAAUACUCCUCAGACAUUGUAGUAUCGCAAAUAUCACAGGAGCUAACCCCAGUCACUGUAGAUAUGCUGCAGUCUAAAUACGGUGUAUUUUGUGUUAAAAGAUUGUUGAAAUAUGGUAGUUCAGACACCAAAAAGGCAGUAAUUGACAAAAUGCUGGGUCAUGCUGUCAAAUUGACAUCUCACUCUAUAAGCGCCUCUAUAGUGGAAACCGCGUACUCCACUUGGGCAUCUCCGCAGCAAAAACAAUUUUUAGCCCAGGAAUUCUAUGGGGACUUGUAUAAAAACAGCAAAGACAAGAAUGUCAAGCAUCUAAGAGACUCUUACAAGGAUAAUCAAAGUUUGAAAGCUGGUAUACUGAGGGCAACAAAAGAAAACAUUCUAAAGAUCAUCAACAAAGGUCUACUGGACUCAGGCUUGGUGCAAUCAGUGAUAAGCCAAUUUAUCACGGAAUGCACUGUGGAAGAUAAAACUGAGAUGAUAAGUUUGUUAGCUCCACAUAUAGUUGUCAUAAGUAACAGUAAAGAUGGCGCUAGGGCCGCUAUGCAAUGCAUAUGGCAUGGAUCAAACAAGGACAGAAAAGUUAUUAUGAAAACGUUAAAAGAGCAUAUAGUGGACUUGUCAAAACAUGAACAUGGACAUUGCACUGUCAUAACUUUGAUUGACACAGCUGAUGACACAGUUUUACUUAACAAAGUCAUUUUAAGUGAAAUAUUGAAGAAUAUCAAGGAUUUGAGUCAGUCUGAAUGGGGUAGCAAGGUACUUUUAUAUUUAAUUGACCCCUCAAAUGCGACAAUUUUCCACCCAUUAUUCCAAAACGAGCUAAAAUCAGGCCGGGAAACCUGUACAAGCAAAAAAUCCCUAGAAAUUCGCCGUCAAGAGAUUCUACAAUACUCCCUGAAAUCCCUGUUGGAUUUGGUCAAAAUAGAGCCCGAAUUUUGGCUAACGACCUCAUCUCUAGCCCUGCAAAUGCUUAUAAUUGUCAAAUCAGGCUCAGGGGAAGAUCUGAAAGAAGCCUACAAGAGCAUUGUAGGUGUAAUCUGCGAUGUGGACUGGAAAAUCAAGGAAAACGAUGCUGAAAUUGAUGGUAUCGAACAUGCCGGUUUUCACAUGGUGUUAAAAAAGCUCGCGCAGCACGAUAAAGUUAAUUUGGAGGCUAAAGAGCCUACUUUUGGUGAAUUUUUAAUUGAAAAACUUGAUGAUACUCUGUUGCAAAUGUGGUUAAAACUUAACCGCGGCUGCUUUUUAUUAGUUAUUUUGUUCGAAAACGGUUCGAAAGACACCCAAAAUGGACUUAAAAAGAAAUUAAAGAAACACUCGAAAUUACUUGAAAAACAAUCCACCCAGGGGGCCAAAAUUUUAUUGAAAAAACUUACCUAAUUGUUUGAUUAAAUAUAUUAAUAAUAAGUAUAAUGUUUUUAUAUGAUUC